CAGCAGUGUGGCGUUUCCGGCUUCACUGCGCUCGAGCUCCAGCGCUGAGUGAUGUGGUGACUAAUGUUUCCGGCUUCACUGUGCUGAAGCUGCACCAUGGAUGAUCCGUUUUUCGUCGUUAAAGCUGAGGUACAGAAGGCAGUGCUGCGUGGGCGGGGCCUUUGUGAGAGAUGGGCGGAGCUUCUCCAGGAGGAGGAACCUGUGAGCCGAGAUGAACUCGAAUGGAGCAAAAACGAACUGCGCAACUGUUUACGGGCCAUCGAGUGGGACUUAGAGGAUCUACAGGAGACAAUCAGUAUUGUACAGUCAAACCCAGGUAAAUUCCGUCUGUGUGAGAACGAACUGCAGGAGAGAAGAGAGUUUGUGGAGCAAACCCGCACUGCUGUACAGGAGAUGAAGCAGCAGCUCUCCAGUCCCUCUGCUGUUGCUCAGGCUGAGAAGAAGAACAGACAGGCUCUGUUGGACACACAGCGGAAUGCAGGUUUGGAUCCUCACCUGGUAUCAGCAAAUUCAAGGUACAUUCAGGAACAACAGGAGCAGCAGCAGCUGAUAGUUCAGGAGCAGGAUGAGCAGUUGGAGCUGGUUUCCGGAAGUAUCCGUGUUCUGAAGGACAUGAGUGAAAGGAUUGGAGAUGAACUGGAUGAGCAGGCUAUUAUGCUGGGGGAGUUCAGUGAGGAGAUGGAGCAGACGGGUUCCAGAAUGGAUUCCGUGCUGAAGAAACUGGAGAAAGUUUCACACAUGACCAGCAGCCGGAGACAGUGGUGUGCUAUCGGUGCUCUCCUCAUCAUCCUCAUCGUCGUCCUCAUCCUCUUCUUUACUCUGUGAGAGCGGCACAUUUGUCUGUCCGUCCAGGAGACAGAGAGGGAGAGAGACAGGUGUGCUCUCCUCCACCCAGCAGACUGUUAAUCUCUCUGUCUCUCUCUGUCUCUCUCUCUCUGUCUCUCUCUCUCUCUCUCUCUCUGUCUGUCUGUCUUUCUGAUGUGUGUCUGUGUGUGAUUGUGGGAGUUUUUUAGUGUUAAUGUUUUUACACUGCAGUGGUGAUGAAACUGAACAGUUACUGAGAAUAAUGUAUAGAUAUUAAACUUUUAUAUAAUAAUAAUAAUAAUAAUAAUAAUAAUAAUAACAAUAAUAAUAAUGCCAUUUGCUCUAUAAUAAUGCUCUUUUUUUAAAUCACAGUCUGUGAUAUUAUCAUGAUAUUAUAUUAAAGACUUUGUCGACUGCGUUGUUAUAAAUGGUGGCCUUGUUUUUAUUUUCUAGUUUGGCAAAAAUACAACUCAAAAAUGAUAAAGAGAAAAUCUGAACAAAUAAAAAGUGUAAACAGUGACAUGGUAAAUAAAUGAGAGGUCACAUGAA